GAGAGAGAGAGAGAGAGAGAGAGACCCAGAUAAACAGUCUCAUCCACCAGACAAGCUCCAAGCCGACAAAAAAAAAAAAAAAAAUUACACCUCCCUCCCGGGUCCCCUGACCCCAACCCUCCUCUCUUCCCUUUCUUCUCUUCCUCACUCCGACCUCUUCUUCCCAGCCCCUCGGAAAAGAACUGCUAGGCUGCUUUUUCUGCCGGCGGGCAGAAGCCCCAGGAUCCCCGGGGUUUGUUUGUUUGUUUUUUUGGGGGAGAGGAAGAUGGUUGAAGAAACUUCUUAAAUGAUCGCAUCUGGCUGGCUGUUUGGAGGAUUUCUGGGUUGGGGAAGAGGAAAGGAAAGUGGAAAAAAACUGAGAACUUCCUGAUCUCUCUUGCUGUGAGACAUGUCUGAGACUCCUGUUCAGUGUACCAUUAAGGAGAGAAUUUCAUAUACCCCUCCAGAGAGCCCGGUGCCAAAUUAUACUGCUUCCUCAACUCCUCUUCAUGUUCCAGUGCCUCAAGCCAUCAGGAUGGAGGAGGACUCUAUCAGACUGCCAGCACACCUGCGCUUGCAGCCAAUUUACUGGAGCAGGGAUGACGUAGCCCAAUGGCUCAAGUGGGCUGAAAAUGAAUUUUCUUUAAGGCCAAUUGACAGCAACACAUUUGAAAUGAAUGGAAAAGCUCUCCUGCUGCUGACCAAAGAGGACUUUCGAUAUAGGUCUCCUCAUUCAGGUGAUGUGCUAUAUGAACUUCUUCAGCAUAUUCUGAAGCAAAGGAAGCCUCGAAUUCUCUUCUCACCAUUCUUUCACCCAGGAAACUCUAUUCAAACACAGCCAGAGGUCUUGUUGCACCAAAACCAUGACGAAGAUAAUUGUAUCCAGAGAUCUUCAAGGCCAUCCAUGGAAAAUAUGCACCACAAUCCUCCUACCAUUGAACUCUUGCAUCGUUCCAGGUCACCUAUUACAACCAACCACCGGCCUUCCCCAGACCCCGACCAGCGGCCCAUCCGGUCCCCUCUAGACAACAUGAUCCGCCGCCUUUCCCCAGCUGAGAGGAUCCCAGGUCCAAGGCUUCACCAGGAGAACAACCACCAGGAGUCCUACCCUCUGUCAGUGUCUCCCAUGGAGAACAAUCACUGCCUAACCUCCUCUGAAUCCCACCCAAAGCCAUCUAGCCCUCGUCAAGAGAACACUCGGGUCAUUCAGCUGAUGCCCAGCCCCAUCAUGCACCCUUUGAUACUGAACCCCCGGCACUCAGUGGAUUUCAAACAGUCCAGGCUGUCAGAGGAUGGGCUGCAUAGGGAAGGGAAGCCCAUCAACCUGUCCCACCGGGAAGACUUGGCGUAUAUGAACCACAUCAUGGUGUCCGUCUCCCCACCUGAUGAGCAUGCCAUGCCUAUUGGGAGAAUAGCAGACUGCAGGCUGCUCUGGGACUAUGUCUACCAAUUGCUUUCUGACACCCGGUACGAAAAUUUUAUCCGAUGGGAGGACAAAGAAUCCAAAAUAUUCCGGAUAGUGGAUCCCAAUGGACUGGCUCGACUAUGGGGAAAUCACAAGAAUAGAACAAACAUGACCUAUGAGAAAAUGUCCCGAGCCCUUCGCCACUACUACAAACUCAACAUUAUCAGGAAGGAGCCAGGACAAAGGCUUUUGUUCAGGUUCAUGAAAACCCCAGACGAGAUCAUGAGUGGCCGAACAGACCGCCUUGAACACCUUGAGUCCCAAGAGCUGGAUGAACAAAUGUUCCAGGAGGAUGAGUGCUGAAGGAAGCAACGUACCACCUCAGGGGAUGGAUCAAGGAAAAGAAAAACCAUCCAGCUAGAGUGCUGGAGGUGUGUGGGAGCAGGGUGGAUUGAGGGAAAGCAAAAAGGCAGAAACACAGAAUUGGGAGUUGACCAGAGCAGAGAGGACCCCAGAGCACCUUAGAUAAAGCCCCCGCAAAAGCAGGGCUGGUGUUCUGGUAGAGGCCCCAGAGCCUGGGACUUAAGUACUAUUUCACUCUCCUUUGGGAAUCUCCCUUGGCCUGUAAUUCCUCAUCCCCACCCCUCUACCCAUCGUUAGUUUCUGGGUUUGGGGAUUGUUGUUGUUUUUUUAUGAACAUGCAGUUUGACUUUUUCAUAAUUCAUAUAGGGCAAGAAGACAGUUUGCUUUCCUAUGGAAAUAUAUAUCGAUUAUAUUUUUUUUUGCAAGUCUCACAA